AUGACAGCGCUCUUCAAUUUCCAGUCCCUGCUCCUUGUAAUCCUCCUCACAAUAUGCACCGCUACCUACGCGCACUACGUCUUCCCCGGUAUCAUCGACCGCAACAAGGAGAACUACUUCGUCAGCCCCAUAUGGAAGGCCGCGCGGGUGGGCGAGAGGCUCAGUCCGUACGUUAGUCUGGCCUGCGUAGUCAUGGCGGCGCUCACAUUCAUGGGUUGA